CCACCCCGUACCCGCCCCGCCCCGCCUGACCCACUCCAUACCCGACCCAUACCCGCUUUAUACCCACCCCAUACCCGCAUAAGACCCGACUAGCCAUAGCAUAAUACGAUUAAAAAAAAAAAAAAAACUACACCUAAUGAAAUCUAACCCAGUAACCCACUUACCCAAUACCCACCCUCAUUCAGUCAUUCACAAAACAAAAACCCUAGCCUCUCACUGCCUCACUCUCUCCUCUCAGAGACUCACAGUCUCACUGCGCUGAAUCUCUUCCUCAAGCCUCAAACCCCUCUCUUCGAUCCUUCUUCUUCAACCUCGUGGUCCUCGUCUGCAAUCAAAUCUCUUCGAUCCUUCUUCUUCAACCUCGAUCUUGCAAGGCUGCAACUCAUUCAAUUUAGCCAGUAUGUAGUGGUUAGUGACUUAGUGUGAUAGGUGGUUAACUGGUUAUGCAGCAGCAACAAUAUAUUAACAUAGCAGUUACAGUAUGACAUUAUGCAUUGAUAGGCCUUUCAACAUGAUAUCUUCCGAUAGCUGUGCUAGAAGCAUGAUCUGCCUUUGCUGCUGUGCAUUGCUAAUUUGCUAUUAUUAAUUUAUUAUUGCUGUUUCUGAGAUGUCAAAUGUGUUCAAUACUGUAGUCAAUAUGUCUAGUGCAUUAAUUGUCUUUAUUUAAUUUUUACAGGGGAGAAUGACAUCUAAAAAUGAGAAUAACGCUAGUGUUCCCACUUCCGCUAGUAAUACUCCAAUUGCAAUAGAUGAUGAUGAAAGUCCUCUAGAGACUAAUUCCGAUCCUUCUCUCCUACCAAUUACUAGUAGGCAUACUUCGGCAGUGUGGUCUGAUUUUAAGAGAAAGAGAGUUGGGGAUGUGAUAAAAGCUGAGUGCAACCAUUGCUCCAAGCUACUUGCUGGUGGGUCAAAAGCAGGAACUACUCAUUUGAAAGAUCAUAUAAAAAUAUGUCCAAAGAGAGUAUGUCAAGAUCUUCGACAAACAAGAAUGUUUGGUACAAAAAAAAACUUGAAUGAUAAGAAUGACACGAUGACAUUGGCUCCUUACGAAUUCCACCAAGAAGAUGGAAGAAGAGACUUGGCAGAGAUGAUUAUUUUGCAUGAGUAUCCAAUUAGCAUGGUUGAGCAUAUUGGUUUUAGAAAAUAUAGCAAGACACUCCAACCUGGAUUUAAAGUGCCGUCUCGCAACACAACUAGAAAAGAUAUUAUGAAAAGAUAUGAGCUUGAGAAGGAGAAUGUUGCAACCUUGUUGAGGAAAGCAAAGGGUAAGAUUGCCUUAACUACUGACAUGUGGACAGCUGACAACCAGAGAAAAGGUUAUAUGGCGGUCACCUCACAUUUUAUUGAUAAUACAUGGAAGUUGCAAAGUCGGAUCAUAAGGUUUUUAUAUGUCCCCGCCCCUCAUACUGCUGAGGUUCUUGCUGAUGCUUUGAAAGAAAGCAUUCAAUCAUGGAAUCUUGAUCUUAGGUUGUCUUCUAUAACCGUGGAUAAUUGUUCAACUAAUGAUGCAAUGAUGGAAAUUUUGAAAGGAGUGUUUCCAUAUGGCUCACUUUUAUUGCGAGAUUGUGGAGAAUUUAAGGAUGAUGAAUAUGCUAAAUUAGUGGGAGAAUUAGAGGAAGGAUUUGAAACAUGUGAUAUCGAUUCUGGAACAAGUGGACUUUGCACCGAAUAAUUCAAGGCCUAAUGAAUUUCUUGUUAUGUAUUUGAAUAUUUGUAGACUUGUAGUUAUUUUUAAUAUUUGGACUUUGGACAAUUUGGAGUUAGUGUUUUUUUUUUUCUCUUAUGUACUACUAAUUUUAAGUUUUUUAAUAUGUAGUAAUGUAGUAUGUAUGCCUAAGGUGUUGCACUUUAUGAAAAUGGUUGAUCUUGCAGUGGUUUUUGUUGGAUUUGAGUUAA